AAAAAAGUUUCGAAAAAUCGUGCUAAUUUCAGGCGUAGUUUUUCUCCCCUUAACAAAAGUUUUUAAUAUUUUUCUCUAUAAUUAAGGCUCAAAAGUGAAAUGAAUAGCUGUUAAAUUGAUAGCCAAAGCAACAAAAAGACACAACAGAACAAGAAAGAAACAUGAUUGUUUGGUAUAAGAAAGAUAUCUUGUCAAAAACUCAAUUAAAAAAAUUAAGCGAGCACAAAUAUAAUUGCGAAUCAAAUAGUUUAUGCGAUAAGUUACUUCAACCGUGGUGGACAUGGCUCGUCAAUCAAACCCCUCUCUUUAUUGCUCCAAAUCUCUUGACGAUUGUAGGACUUUUUGUUAACAUUAUCACAUCCCUGCUAUUGCUGUAUCAUGCGCCUGAUGCGAAGGCUGAUGCUCCAAGAUGGUGCUAUUUAUCGUGUGCUGUAGGAUUAUUUAUUUACCAAAGUCUCGACGCUAUCGAUGGAAAGCAGGCACGACGAACAAACACAUCGUCACCUUUAGGUGAGCUCUUUGAUCAUGGAUGUGAUUCAAUAUCGACAGUCUUUGUUAGUAUUGCUGCUUGUUGUGCUGGAGGUCUUGGAUAUCAUCCGACUGCAAUGCUUUUAAAUUGUGCAACAGCUAUUAUUUUGUUUUAUGUAGCACAUUGGCAGACAUACAUUACGGGAGUCUUACGAUUUGGAAAGUUUGACGUAACAGAAGCACAACUGUGUAUUAUGGCGAUACAUUUAGUAUCAUUUUUCUUCGGACCUGAGGCAUGGCAUGUGAGAAUAUUAGGAGGCAUUCAGAUUUGGUUCUUGAUGGCAUCAUUCUCAUUAACAACAGCAUUUAUCGUGCUUGUAAAUUUCGCACAAACAAUUAGGAAAGGUGGCAUUGGCAAAAAUGGCUCAACAGUCGCUGGCACAAGCAUAAUAUCACCAAUACUUCCAUUUCUACUGGUCGUGAUUCCAGCUUUUAUAAUAUCAGAAAAAUCACGAAGCCAAAUUUAUUUGAAUCAUCCUGUACUAUAUUUAUUAACAUUUGGAGUUCUUGCCGCAAAAGUAUCAUGUAGACUUGUCGUCGCGCACAUGAGUAAAAGUGAAAUGAAUUUACUGGAUUCAGGACUUGUUGGUCCACUCAUACUCUUCCUUAAUCAAUACUUUAACGAGUUCUUUAAUGAAUAUUAUAUUUUAUGGAUAGCAUUUUUAUGGUGCUCAUAUGACCUUGUUGGAUAUUGUAGCACUGUUUGUCUCGAAAUGGUAUCCUUUCUCAAUAUUAAGCUCUUUACAAUUCCUUAUCCACCACCGCUUAAAGCAAACAAAUCAAAUUCUAGGAAGUAGACAUUUAAAAUUGAUUUAAUUCAGAGAAUACUCAAAACGACAUUAUCAACCGCGUGUUCUCUUCCACAUUCAUCCCCAUCAAAUCCUUACUUUACUUUAGUUAAACGCACACAAAAAUACAUUUAAUAACUUUAAUUGAUUAUUCAACUUUACGGUAAAUCCCGAGAUUUUUAAUUAAUUAUGUUUUUUUUUCUUGAGGCAAGAAACUGAUUUUUAUUAAGUUUUGUUGGAACCAUACGCAUAACUAUUAUAAAGCUCCAUUUAUAGAACUUCUUUUUGGAUGUUGCUAAUUGUUACUGAUAAUUGGUGUAAAUGUUAUUAAUAUAAUUCUAUUAUAUUGAAAGUGAAUAAUUCAUUUUAAGAAAUGAAUUUAAAACAGUUAGAAAAGAACAAAAAGUUUAAUAAAGACGUACACGAAGCGUAGUUUUGUGAA